CUGUAUGUGUCUAUAACAAAUUACAACUCCCUACAGGCAAAGGGAAGUAGUAAUGAGGGUAGCGAGUUGGGCUUAUGUCGGUUAGUGGUCCCCGCGGUUCUGUCGAGGCAGGUCGUGCUUAGUGCUGGCUGGCCGAAUUUCGGGUCCGAAUAUUGUGUAAAGCUUGAGCACUGUGGGUUAGUGAUUUAACAUCAAGUUGUCGGAUAUGAACAUAAAAUUGCCUACCAGAAAAUGAAAGACAAAGGAGGACAUAGCAGCUCGGCAGCAGACAGCCACCACCACUGUAAUCAUCACAACGCAAAAGUUGAAAUUCGCAUGAACAAUAUGGUGGCCAGCCAUGUGUGUGGUGUGUGUGGCACCGAGGCCACACUAGUAUGCGGAGGCUGCUCCGGUGUCUUCUACUGCGGAAAGGAACACCAGAAGCAGCACUGGGGUUCCCAUAAGAAAGAAUGUCAUCCAUAUAAAAUAGUGGCUUCUCCGGAGGCAGGAAAAUACUUAACAGCGUCGAGGCGACUUCGAGAGGGCCAAGUCCUCUUCCAAGAGCUUCCCCUCAUGGUGGGUCCUGUGUCUGUCUCGCCUUUGGUGUGCCUUGGUUGCCACUGUGCCAUUGAAGGCAAUGAUUUUCCUCGGUGUCCAGAAUGUCACUGGCCAUUGUGUUCAUCGUCGUGUGCUUCUGGUACUAUCCACCAGAGGGAGUGCCCAGUCCUUGCUAUAGAUACAAGGCGCAUAGGCCCGCCCACAAGUCCGGGCCUCCCCACUCUCCGGUAUGAUUCCAUCCUUUUGCUUCGCUGCCUUUCGUUGCGUUUUGAUCGACCUUCUGACUGGGAGACAAUACUGGACAUGGUCAGCCAUGCAGAGCAUUACCAGAAGGCUCAGGAUAUGGUUCACACAGUCACUGUACGUUAUGUAAAGGAAGUACUAAAGGUAGACCUUGACAAUGACAUCAUUCACCAAGUACGCGGUGCCAUCGCUGCAAAUUCAAUAGAAAUACGAAAUAUAGAUGGGACCAAAAUCAGAGCAGUAUACCCUAGAGUCCGUCUUUCUAAUCACGCCUGCACGCCCAUGUUUUCCCUCUUCUUCCUAAGAGGUGCUAUGGAGGUUCGGACGGCUGUCAGUGUCGGUAAAGGGGAACCCCUUUACAUUUGUUACACAGGGACAACUCUGCCUCUUUGGGAACGACAGAGGAUCUUAAACGAUACGUACUUCUUCCGCUGCGAAUGUAACCGCUGUAUAGAUCCAACCGAAUUAGGCACACAUUACUCGUCCCCAAAAUGUCCAGAGUGCAGUAACCGAUACUUAAAACCUCAAUCUUGGGUGAAUCAAAUAACUUGGGAAUGUGACAACUGCAAAACUGAACGAUCUGACACGGAAAUACAAGAACACGUGAAAGAAUGGGAGGAAAGAUUUAGCAUGGAUGAUGUAUUUUCCAAGAAAUCUGUCAAGCAGAUCAAGAAGAUGAUCGAUUAUAUUGAGAUCGAGUUUCACGCCCACCAUCACGUGUGGCUUACGGCGGCUCAGGCGGCGCUGCGGGAGCUGAAGUGCAUAGAUACGGAAUACAGUCUGCGACUCCGUGCUGAACUUUGGUCGAAGCUUCUCAGUUUACUGAGUGUCCUUGAGCCGGGACUGAGCAGGAGGCGAGGCAUUGUGUUGCUUGAAACCGGCAUCGCCUUCCUGGACGAAGCGAAGAGUGAGCACGAGAGCGGAAACGCGUUUGUGCCGCAACUAAUAGAGAGGUUGCAGAUUGCAGCAAAGCACCUGAAGGAAGCCGCGAACAUCUUAGGGCUGGAACCCCCAGACUCACAGACGGCGCCCCUGGCCAGCAAAGCUCAAGAAAAGGUGGUCAUGACCGAGAACUUCCUGACGAGGCUUCAGGACGGGGCUGUCCGAGCUGAGUAAAGUGUCGUGCUUCCAUCAGACUUUCCUCGGUGAUAUAGUACUUGGACUUUCAAUCGUUGUAAUUCUAAUGACGGACUGAACUGAACUUAAGUAAAGUAUUAUUGUUAUGUAUUGUUUCAAAACUAUUCUUACAUGGAAUUACUUGAAAUACUGCUUUGCUUUACCAUCUAGUAGCUACUGCUUUUAAAAAUCUUGUCUUUCUUUUAACAGGAACAAAUGGGUUAACAUAAUAUAAAAUGCUAUUGUUAGCUUUUGCAAGAAUCAUGGCAAAUCGUAAUGGUGAUGCAAAAUAUUCAGUAAUUAUUAAAGAAAAAUAUAAAGUU